UCAAAACGCGUAUCCUUGAGAUACUUUUUUCCGAGCGGAUCAAAACAAAAUGCGCAGAUAAAAACAAAACUGAAUUGUUGGAUCAGAUAAUAAUAACUAUUUUGCAGUGUGUUUAAGAACAGUGUAUUUAACAUAAAAGUAAAAACCUGAAAAGAAAAAAAGAGUGACUAAAAGUGAAUGAAAAUACACAUAGAAAAUUGGCAAAUCAAACUGGAGGUUAAAGUUAAGUGACCAGACCGGAAUUCUCGGAUAGCAGACCUAGUUAGAUCCCCAGAUUUCGAAUACCCACGCGUUGUACACCUGGUUUUCUUCGCUGGCAUCGUAGUCGGCCAUUGAGUUGGCCGAUACCAAACGACCUUCAAAACGUUUUGCGUCGAGGCAAUACGCACCAUGGGCUGCGCACAGUCUGCCGAGGAGCGAGCCGCAGCCGCCAGGAGUCGCCUCAUCGAGCGCAACCUCAAGGAGGACGGCAUACAGGCGGCAAAGGACAUCAAGCUCCUGCUGCUGGGUGCCGGUGAAUCGGGCAAGAGCACAAUAGUCAAACAGAUGAAAAUCAUUCACGAGAGCGGCUUCACUGCGGAGGACUUUAAACAAUAUCGACCGGUUGUCUACAGCAACACAAUACAAUCAUUAGUUGCAAUAUUGCGCGCGAUGCCAAACCUAAGUAUUCAGUACAGCAAUAACGAGCGGGAGAGCGAUGCCAAGAUGGUGUUCGACGUGUGCCAGCGGAUGCACGACACCGAACCCUUCUCGGAGGAGCUGCUGGCCGCCAUGAAACGCCUCUGGCAGGAUGCCGGUGUCCAGGAGUGCUUCUCGCGCAGCAACGAAUACCAACUGAACGAUUCCGCUAAAUAUUUCCUGGACGAUUUGGAUCGGUUAGGCGCCAAGGACUACCAGCCAACUGAACAGGAUAUCUUGCGUACUCGCGUCAAGACCACUGGCAUCGUUGAGGUACACUUCUCCUUCAAAAACCUCAACUUCAAAUUGUUUGACGUGGGCGGCCAGCGUUCGGAGCGUAAGAAAUGGAUACACUGCUUCGAAGAUGUCACAGCGAUCAUUUUCUGCGUGGCCAUGUCUGAGUACGAUCAGGUCUUGCAUGAGGAUGAAACCACGAACCGCAUGCAAGAGUCGCUGAAACUGUUUGACUCGAUCUGUAACAACAAAUGGUUCACGGACACCUCGAUCAUUCUGUUCCUGAACAAGAAGGAUCUGUUCGAGGAGAAGAUUCGCAAGAGUCCCCUGACAAUUUGCUUCCCCGAAUACACAGGUGGACAGGAGUACGGCGAGGCGGCUGCUUAUAUUCAGGCUCAAUUUGAAGCGAAAAACAAAUCAACCUCAAAAGAAAUCUACUGCCACAUGACGUGUGCCACAGAUACCAACAACAUUCAGUUUGUAUUCGAUGCUGUCACCGAUGUCAUCAUAGCAAACAACCUGCGCGGCUGUGGGCUGUAUUAAGGAGGAGGAUUCCCAAUGAAUAUGAUGAUGAUAACGAUGAUAAUGUGGAGCAGAAUUGGGGGGCGUUAGCAGGGAACACCGUAACGGUAUUAAAGAGCAGCGCGGGAGCACAACAACCCACCAGCAUUGAUCAAAAACCAAACAAUUUAAGAGCAGAUGAUAGAACCAACCAACCGCAACCACACAGAAACACACACAAAAAACACAGGACACUGAACACUGAACAAGCAAAGCCCAAAGAACUUUUAUUUGUUUAACAAAAAACGGCGGACGGAUGGAUGAUAUAUGAUAUAUGGGGAAUAAGCGACGAGUACAUUACAUAAUAUCGAUAAUAUUGAUGCAGAUAAACGAUGCAAUGCUAAUGAUGAUCAGGGCGAUUAUAAUGAUAACGAGAUCAAAAACAACAAGAACCGAAAAAAAGGCAGUUGAUUGAAAGGCAUUUCCUAUAUACAUACAUAUACAACCACAUACAUAUGCGUUAUGCAAAGCCACAUGUACGACAUGACACUAACACACACUCACCCACGACACACACACACACACACAAGCGCCAGCAUUGCAUAUAGUUGUUGUUUGGUCUGAAUAAUUUUUAUAGAAUUUCAUAAUUUAUGUGUAGUUUAGUUUCCUCAUGUAUUUAUUAAACAAAAAACCAAACGAGCGUAUAUCUACAUAUACCGCAUAUAUAUAUACAUACACUUCUAUACAUAUAUAUAUAUAUACAUAUAUAUAAAUAUUAUAUAUUAAAUGUUUCCUGUUGCAAUCUCUCUUUGAAAUUAUUCAUGCCAUCAACACUCUGCAUUUGUCAUGCUUGUUUAGACUUAAGUUCGAAAGUUUCAACACACAAAUCCAGCGGCAAAGGAAAUAAUAUGUAUUAAUUUGAUUGCGUGUCAGCGUGUGGGCUAAUAUAAAUAUUAUAUAACAAACCAAAAAAAAAACCAGAAGAAAUGAGGAAAGGAAAACAGAAAAUAUGGAAGGCAAAUCUUUAACGUUUAAGUCUAAUUUAAAGAUACAAAUGAAACGGAUAUAAAAACUCUAUCUAUUGUAUUUACAAACGAAGCAAAACUAAACUAAACUAAAAAGGAAAAGAACAGAUAAGAGUCAAGAAAAGCAAAGCAUAUGUGGCCACUUAACUAGCUUAUGUAAAGAGCAGCAGUAGCAGCAGCCAUCGAUGAUUGAUUGAUUGAUGGAUGAUACAUUUCAGUGUAAAUUGUAAUUUGUUGAAUUUACGUGUAUAGAAGAAGUUUAGCUGGCAAACACACAAAGAACAACACAUACUGGACACAAACUAACUAUAAUUUAAUUCACUUAAUGAGCUGAUUUGUUGGAAUUUACAAUGAUUUGUGGCAUUUAAACGGGGAGCGAGGCAAAUCAGCGAUUCAACUUUGGCGGCGCACAAAAGCAUGCUAUAUAUUUUUGCCAUAUCUACGCACACCACCACACACAAAACUCACACACACACAAAAUAUGAAUCAAAAUGAAUGGAACGCAGAACUCAAAUCUCCCACAAUGAAACUAAGGAUUGUAUGUAAUAAUAUGAUAAUUUAUAAAUUCUACUUUUAAUGGUAAACAUCUUCGUACGUAUGUACCUACAUAUAUAUAUGUAUGUAUGUGACUGUAUCUAGCGAAUGGCAUUUAACCCCCCGAGUAUGUUGAAUUGUUUGAUUAGACUUAUUAUUAUAAUUAUUAUGUAUAUGCUUUGUAUGUAUGUAUUUUGUGCAUUUUGAUUUUACACAACGAUUUAGCUGCAAUGAAUUUAUAUUGUUAUUUUUAUAGUAUUUCUUUUGUAUCUGCCCAGUCUUCUCCUCCUCCACCUCCUCCUCCUCGACCUCUUCCUUCACGGAAAUCUCCUCACUUGUGCUCUUGCUCUAGUUGGACGGAAAUCCAUUUAUGUUUUAUAGUUUUUAAGCCUAAUUUAUGUAAACGCACACACAAACAAACACACAACUUAAACGUGAACUAAGUAAGUUUAUUAGCGAAAUAAAUAUUAUUUGACAUUCAACAAAAAGUAAGGACAUUUUGCAAGAAGCUUAACGAAAUCGUUUCGAUUUUAUUUUGGCUAUUCCCCCCCCGAAGAACCAGUGAAACUUUACAAAAGUUGUGUUGGCCACGAAAUCCGUACAAUUUCUAGAUUUUAAACACCGAUCAGCGAACAUUCACCUCUAAGCAUUUACUUAGGUCAGCCAACACUUUCCCAUUUCCAUGACCCCCAAUCCCUUCUACUAUAUAUCCCUGCCCAACCAAAAAUACUGUAAUAUUUAAUACGUAUGUAUUUUCCAUUCAACUUGUAAAAUUCUACCAAAAAGAUUAAAAAAAAAAACAAAAACGAAAAAACCAUUUUCAAAUAAAACUAUUUAUUCAAAAACAAAAA